AUGCUGGCCACCAGUCUGCAUAGCGCUGGACUCCAGGACUUUCACGAACCACAGCUCUUCUUCGGCACUAAGGGCACGAAACUGCGCUUCAAGUCAACCCCACACUGUCCAACACUACUGGAUGUAAUAGAGGAGUUCCAGAUCUAUCUUGCCGAUAUUAUCAACAUGGAGCACGUGGACAAGGAUCGUUUCUUUACUGACAUCGCCAGGGAGGUGUGCCCACCAGUCAGUGUGCUGGCCCAGCAGGCACUCGCAUUUAAUGAACAACUACAGACGUAUCUCUGGAAACAAUGCUGUCAGGAGCAACACGCCAGUCAGAUCUACGACAGUCAGCCGCUAAAGAAGGGUGGUCGCGGGCAUGUGCCACCAAAGCGUUCGCUCUUGUACAAGGGUGGUAUUCACUAUUUUCAGCUGUAUGCAUCAGUCAAGGAAGUGUGGGACGUGGUGAAGACUAUGCCGUUUAAUAAUGAUGGCUUGGAGGAGAUGGCACUAGACCCUCUGAUCCAGCAGGCUGCCCGACAUGUCCAGGGCGGCAGUACCCGGGAUGCGCACAUUAUCAAGCGUAGCUAUGAGGCAAGUAAGCGGCGGGCACACCAAGCUAUUCAGGACUCACAACACAAGUUGUUUAGCAUCCAUAAAGAGUAUCGCAUCUCGUGGCGGUUGUUUACACAGCUUCAAGCGCGACUCACUCGUGUGCCCGCGGAGGAGCUGGCUCCCACGCUCAACGACUGUCCGUCAUCCACAUGGGCCAUCUAG